CGAGGCCAUGAUACAUAGGACCGGGCUGAUGACUUGACGUUUGACAGAACCCAUGUGCACUGCAUGCCGGGAAAAAUGGCGUCGUUGUUUACAAGACGGCACAGGGGGCAACAUAUCUGCGACUUUUAAAGUAAAUCUUGUGUCCCGUUUUUGUUCUGACUUUACAGUAAUUUUAACAGUGUGUUAGAAAGUCUUUGCUUGAAACGAGAGCGUUAGAGAGUGGAAACUGCCAUUGACAAGGUGAAAGAAGAGAGUGAGUUCCUGUUUUUGCACCGUCACUGACAGACACGACUUUACUUCGAAUCACAGAGGAGCUUCUUUUUGGUGCUGCAGGAGGACACGUUAAUCCAGACGAAUGAACAGAACCACGGCAAAGCUUCUCAUUGAGCGCUACUUUCGGCAGUUAACCGAGGGCUGCGGAUAUGGCAACUGCACGAACAAGUUUUGCGCUUCAUGUCAUGACUUUCGACCUUUGGAUAGUAAUUCAGCAGCCGCCAAAGCGCUUGAGUUGUUUAAGAUUAAUGCCAAACUCUGUCCUCAUCCCCCCAAGAAAGAAUCUGACACCUCCGAGGCUGAAAACAUGAGCGAUAUGGACCCGUCUUCCUCCGAAGAGGUGUUCUCAGAUGUUCAUUAUCUCACAGAGAACUCUGUGUGUAUGAUUCUGAGUUUCUGUGAGGAGCAAGGCGACUACUCUGCCCUGGUCCGUGUCAUUGGCAGAGUCUUUUCAAGUGCAGAUUCUUUGAUGAAGAGUUUUAGAAAGAAUGAACCAAGUUCAGCCAAUGAAACAACAGACCAGACUGCACCCCAACUGGAGAGUACGGGUGCUGCCCCUGUUGACGCGGCCGCUCUACCGGAUGAGUUUAACAAGUUUGACCUCUGCGACCUCAAUAUAGACCUCGAGUCCGUGAGGAGGGUCUACGACAGACUUUUAACUAACGACCAGGCUCAAACUGCUCUUGUGAACGCACUUGUGUUCCUCACACCAAAUAUGGAGCUUGACCUGGAUUACCUGGAUGUGUAUGAAGCGAAUCCAGAUUAUUUAAACAUUUUCCUCAUUGUGAUGGAGAACAGCAACCUUCACAGUCCCGAGUACCUUGAAGUGGCAUUGCCGCAGUUCUGCAAGGCGAUGAGCAAACUGCCUGUGGCUGCACUUGCAAGACUGGCAAGGCUUUGGUCAGUGUACGGUUUAGAACACAUCAGGCGUAUAAUGGAGACCUUCCAGCAGGUCAUCACAUUCACAAUUUUGAGUAACGAAUAUGACGCUGAAAAUCUGGUGAACGAAGAUGAGACCGUGGUGACUGCCACCCAGUGUUUAAAAGUCGUGUUUUACGCAAGUAUCCUGGGCGGUGAAGUGGACACGGAGCACAACGAGGAGGAGGGUGAUGAAGACGAAGACUUGGAUGAGCUCUCUCUACACGAACUGCUAGGUGAGGAUAGGCUCUAUAAGAAGCGUCCUCUGCUUGAUCCCCUGGAAAAAGAACUGGGAGUCCGGACUAUAGAUUGUAUUAAACCUCUGAUUCCCUUUGAGGAUUUCGUUAACGAGUCAAUAAAUGAUGUAGUGGAGAUGGACAAAGACUUCACCUUCUUCAAGGUCAAUGCUGAAAGUAAGUUUUCUUUUCAGAGCUGCCCAUUCAUUCUCAGCGUCAUCACAAAGAAUCAAGGACUUUACUACGAUAAUAGGAUCAGAAUGUACAGCGAGCGACGCCUCACUGCCCUGUACAGCAUGGUUCAGGGCCAACAGCCCAACCCCUACCUGAAACUCAAAGUUCGAAGAGAUCACAUUAUUGAUGACGCCCUUGUACGGCUGGAGAUGAUCUGCAUGGAGAACCCUUCUGACCUCAAGAAGCAGCUGUUUGUCGAAUUUGAGGGGGAGCAAGGAGUAGAUGAGGGAGGGGUGUCGAAAGAGUUUUUUCUGUUGGUGCUGGAGGAGAUUUUCAAUCUUGAUAUAGGAAUGUUCACCUAUGACAAAGACACAAAGCUCUUCUGGUUUAACUCCUCUUCACUUGAGAACGAAGCACAGUACACUCUUGUAGGCAUUGUCAUGGGACUGGCCAUUUACAACAACUGCAUCCUGGAUGUCCACUUCCCAAUGGUGGUCUACAGGAAACUAAUGGGAAAGAAAGGGACCUUCUUGGACCUGUCCGACUCACAUCCAGUUCUCCACCAAAGUCUGAAGCAACUGCUUGACUAUACAGAUAACGUGGAGGAAGACAUGGCGCUAACUUUUCAGAUAUCGCAAACAGACCUCUUUGGAAAUCCAGUACUGUAUGACCUGAAGGAGGAGGGCGACCAGAUCCCUGUUACUAAUGAGAACAGACAGGAGUUUGUGGAUCUGUAUACUGAAUACAUACUGAACAAGAGCGUGGAAAGACAGUUCAAAGCUUUCAAGAAAGGAUUUCAAAUGGUCACCAAUGAGUCUCCACUCAAGUAUUUGUUUAGACCUGAGGAAGUAGAACUCCUCAUUUGUGGAAGCAGGAAACUCGACUUUGAAGCCCUGGAGAAAGCGACAGAAUACGACGGAGGCUACAGCAGAGAGAGUGAAAUCAUAAAAUACUUCUGGGAAAUCGUUCACUCAUUUGGAGAGGAGCAGAAGAGGUUGUUCCUUCAGUUUACCACUGGCACAGACAGAGCCCCAGUCGGUGGACUCGGCAAACUGAAGAUGAUUAUCACUAAAAACGGCUCUGACACAGACAGGCUUCCAACCUCCCACACCUGCUUUAAUGCACUGCUGCUCCCAGAAUACGCCUCCAAAGAAAAACUGAAAGAAAGACUCCUCAAGGCCAUCACUUACGCCAAAGGCUUUGGGAUGCUGUGACAGAUUUCUUACUGCAUCUUAGUAAACAAAGGGAGCUUUGCAAGAGAAUUAAAGUAUUUUUUGUGUUUUUGUCUUUGACAGUACAGUAAUCCUGGGCCUAACUUGUUAAGGUGCCAUGUAAUAAUGCAGCAUCCCUUCGGAUUCAAGGGUUUUAACAAAGCUUUUACAAAACGCUGAAGUGCACUUACCUACGAUAUUUUAGGUAAUGCCAGCAUGUUUUUUUUAAUUGUCUGUUUUAAGUGAAGUACUUCGAAUUAGUCCUCAGAGACGACCUAACAAUAUGAGUGGAUAAUGGUGCUCAUUAUUUAUGAUUACCAGUUUGGUAACAUCAGGAAAAGUCUUUUUCUUUUUUUUUACCUACAACUGAGCCAAGUAGCCUCUCGGAUACACUUUGCUGCCAGUGUGAGCGCCGUCUCACUCGAAGCCUAUUUUAAAGUAUAUCUUUGUCCGGGUGCGUGUUUUCGUUUUGUUUUUGAAACAAAUACCUUGCGUGUUGUGAAACAGUAAAUCUGAGCUGAGGUUUUUGGCCUCAGGUUUCAGAAUGUGUUGACUGAUUCUGCAAGUCAGACUUUCACAUCCUGUCAAGGUUUGGUGUUUAA